AUGCCAAAUUCCAGAAAAAGACAGGCUUCUCAUCUUGACGAUGAAAAUGAUGAAGAUGCAAUUCCCAUUCUCUCAUCUCCAGGAUCUCCUAACGAUGUUUAUCAAAUUAAUAACUUACCGCCAUCUUCUCCUGGUUUUCCACUUGAAGAAGAUGAUAGAGAAAUAGUUGAUGAAAUCGAUGAUCUUGAUGAAGGUGCUAACGAAGUCGAUGGAGUCGAUUUAUUUGGAGACAAUAUGUUUAGAGAUUAUAAAAAGCUUGAUAAGUUUGACCAUUAUGACUCCAGCCAAAUAGAUGACAAUGACUAUGGGGAUGUUGACUUAGAUAUAGGUGGAAGAAGAGAGGUUGAUGAUCUUUUAAAUAAAAGAGAUAGAUUUUUGCAAAAAGAUUCCCUUCGAAAUCAUGGCGCUUUUUUAGAUGACGAAGAUGACGAAUUUGCCUUUGAUGAUUUAGAUCAAAACCGUCUACCAAGACAGCAAAGAAGAAGAAGAUUUGACCACGAAAAUCUAGGAAUGUUAAGUGAUAAUGAAAUUGACGAAGAUCCAUUAACAUAUGAAUUGAAUCUUGAAGAAUUAAGUGAAAUCAAGGCUCCCAGUAUAAGAGAAUGGAUCUUAUCUCCACCUGUUCAAAGAUCUAUUUCAAGAGAAUUGAGAUCAUUUUUACUUGAAUAUACAGAUGAAAAAGGUCGUUCUUAUUAUGGUUCAAAAAUUAAGUUAUUAGGAGAGAUAAACUCAGAGUCGUUGGAAGUCAAUUAUCAACAUCUAAUCAACUCAAAACCGAUUUUGGCAUUUUUUUUAAGUACAUCUCCCGAAGAAAUUAUUACACUUUUUGAUCAAGUUGCUAUAGAAUGUGUUCAAUUACAUUACUCUGAAUAUGCCCAGAUUCAUAGUGAUAUUCAUGUUAGAAUCACGAAUUUCUCUCCAAAUCUUUUUAAUUUGAGAGAACUAAGAGAAAACCAUUUAAAUUCUUUAGUAAAAGUUUCGGGGGUAGUCACAAGAAGAACAGGUGUUUUUCCUCAGUUAAAGCAUGUCAAGUUUGAUUGUAGUAAAUGUGGUGUUGUUUUAGGACCAUACUACCAAGGCUCUAAUCAAGAGGUUAAAGUCUCUUUUUGCAGUAAUUGCCAUUCAAGAGGACCAUUUAAAAUGAAUUCUGAGGUUACCACGUAUAGUAACUAUCAACAAAUUACUAUUCAGGAGCCUCCUGGUACAGUUCCAGCUGGCAGAUUGCCUCGUCAUAAAGACGUUAUUUUGUUGUGGGAUUUGGUAGAUAUGGCAAAACCUGGUCAGUUGGUCUCUGUUACUGGGAUUUACAAAAAUAGUUACAACGGUUAUCUAAAUGCUAAGAAUGGGUUCCCAGUCUUUGCAACUGUUAUAGAAGCCAAUUCAAUACAGGUUGAGGGCAGCAGCUCUAACUUAUUUGAAGAACGAAAUAACUAUGAUAACUCGGUAUUAGAUAAAAAUUUGAAUAUUUACAGAUACUCUGAGGAAGAAGAAAGCUUAUUUAGAAAGAUAUCAAAAGAAAGAGGAAUUGUCGAUAAACUUAUCAAUUCGAUUGCACCAUCUAUUUAUGGUCACCGAAACAUUAAAACUGCUAUUGCUUGCUCACUAUUUGGUGGAGUUCCUAAAGAUGUCAACGGCAAACAUUCCAUUCGUGGUGAUAUUAAUGUGUUGGUUUUAGGAGACCCUGGUACUGCAAAGUCUCAAAUUCUUAAAUAUGUUGAAAAAACUGCUUAUCGAGCUGUUUAUUCCACUGGUCAAGGAGCUUCUGGGGUUGGUUUGACAGCCUCUGUUAGAAAAGACCCAGUAACAAAUGAAUGGACAUUAGAGGGUGGUGCUCUUGUUUUAGCCGAUAAAGGAACCUGUAUUAUUGAUGAAUUUGAUAAAAUGCACGAUCGUGAUAGAACAUCUAUUCAUGAAGCUAUGGAGCAACAAAGUAUCUCUAUUUCUAAAGCUGGUAUUGUUACUACAUUACAGGCAAGAUGUGCAGUGAUAGCCGCUGCUAAUCCAAUUGGUGGAAAAUACAAUAGCACUAUGCCUCUAUCUCAAAAUGUUGACUUAACAGAGCCAAUCUUGUCAAGAUUUGACAUUAUAUGCAUUGUAAGGGAUUUAGUUGAUCCUGUUGAAGAUGAAAGAUUAGCAAAGUUUGUAAUUGAUUCUCAUUUCAAGUCUCUUAUGGCUGCCUCUAAAACUAGAGACUCGGAAGAAAUUGAAGAUAAUUCUGAAAUGUCCCAAGCCUCAGAUGUAUCUAACAAUCAUGGAACGAUCGAACAGGAUGUUUUAACAAAAUAUAUUCAUUAUUCCAAAAGAAUAAAACCAAAAUUAAAUCAAAUGGAUAUGCAAAAGGUUUCUCAGGUUUAUGCUGAUUUAAGAAAACAGUCAAUAGGAACAGGCAGUAUGGCAAUAACGGUUAGACAUUUAGAGGCUAUUUUGAGAAUUUCAGAAUCAUUUGCUAGAAUGAGAUUAAGUGAGUUUGUGAGUAGUAGUGAUUUGGAUAGAGCGAUCAAGGUUUCAGUUGAUAGUUUUAUUGGCACCCAAAAAUUAUCGGUGAGAAGGCAAUUGCAAAAAGUUUUUAUGAAAUAUACUCUUCCAAGAAGAAAUUAG